AUGGCCUUUUCGGGCAGCGACUUGGCCCUUUCUUUCUUGGGCGGAUUCCUCACCGCUCUCGUCAUCUCCCUCGUCGCCGGCGUCGUGAUCUUGCAGCGGAGCGAUGCCCGAGGACUAGGGCACUGGAAGCUCAACGCCAAAAUGCCACUGGCGACGAUGUGGAUGAACCUGGGGUAUUGGACCAGAGAUGAUGGCAGCCAGAUCACAUCCUUCGAGGAAGCUGCAUCGAACUUGCUUCGCCAAAUCCUCCUUCAAGCUGACCUCAUCUCCCCACGCGCCAGACCACAAGGAUCAAUGGCAAUACUGGACGUUGGAUUCGGCUGUGGAGACCAGACGUGGGCUCUCGUCAAACUCAUCGAUCCGUCAAUGAAGUACACCGACUUUCGCUACGUCGGACUCACCUUGGACGAGGCGCAGACGGAGACCGCCUCGCGGUAUAUUUGCUCGUCUGUUGCUUCGGCCGAGUUUCCUUGCCCUGAUGCUACCGCAUUCAAACUCUUUUGUGCGGACGCGUCCGUGCCUAAUCAAUGGGCGGGCCCUGUUCUCCGAGAGGUCGAGACAUUGAAAGCGUUUGGUGCAAAGUGGUUUCUGGCACUGGACUGUAUUUACUACUUCUCGCCGUCUAGGCGUCCCAUCAUGGACUUUAGUGCGAACCAAUUGGGUGCUGGUUUCAUGGCGUUCGAUCUGCUAAUGAACCCUGAGGCGUCGAGGAAGGAUGCACUCAUCGCCAGGCUUGUAGGGGUAAUGAUGGGCUGUCCAUUCAGGACAUUCCUCACGCAGGUGGAGUACGAGCGGCAGUUAGUUGAUUGCGGAUAUCUAAGGGAGCAGAUAGAGAUCAGAGAUAUCACGGAGCAUGUAUUUCCAGGAGUUGUUCGGUUCUUGGAUGCCCAAGAUCGGGCGUUGAGUCAGUACGGCAUGUCGCUAGGUGGCUAUAAGCUCGCCGGUAGAUUGUUCGACUGGUUCGGGCGUUCCGGUGUAUUGAAGGCUGUCCUUGUUGUUGCCCGUGCCAAGGGCAGCACGGGAGACGUGGAUAUGGCCAACGUGGAAGCAUGA